UUUCAUUACCUUUGUCCCAUACAUUCUUUCUCUCCUUCUUUCUUUCCUCUCUCUCUCUCUCUUUCUCUCUCUCUCUUCUGCAACUUCCUAGAUUUACAUUUGCUUGCAAUAAAGCCAUUAUUCUUCUGCGAAAUUCCUGCACACUCAUUUCUCAUUCAUACAAUCAAUCAAACACGAUGAAACUCAGAGCGACAUUGCAGAGGGACCUUUUGUUCUUUAAAAUUGCUCAAGCAGUGGAGAAAAUCGGCAGGUCAUGCUUUAUCAAGUUCACGUCUGAUUAUGUGGCAUUUGGUGCCAUCCACAGUCUAACUGACAAUGAUUCAACAGGGGGAGGUGGAUUAAUCCAAUGUUGGUCGCGUCUCUCAAAGGAAAGUCUUUUUUAUGAAUACAGGAUCGAGUCCAACGCGAACAAUGAGAUCUAUCUCGAGAUGAAAGCCGAAGAUCUAUUGCUGGCAAUGAGGUCCAGCAAUAAUGCGACUGCUAUUGUGAUGCGCAUGUCAGGGCGGUCAACUGAUGCUUAUCUCACUUUUUCCAUCACUUCUGAGGAUCACCAUGGAAAUUCACGAGCUAUUACACAGAAUGUUCCUAUCAUAAACAUUUUGAGUAUGAAUCAGGUCAUUAAUACGCCAGUCUUCAAUGAGCCUAUGGUCCCCGCUCCCGAAGUACAUAUCAUGUUACCGCAGCUGGAUCGACUACGCCACGUUACUGCCAGCUACAAGAAUUUAGCAGACCAUAUGGUCAUCUCCGCGAACCUCCAGGGUGAGAUGGUAUUUACAACGUCAGAUGGGGUACAACAAUUUUACCACAAUAGUUAUUACAAGUCUGGACGACCAGAACGAGGACAGGACCAAAGGUCGGGAAGUGACCUGGAGAAUAAUGAUGAAGGUGGGGCUGAAGAAGAACCUGUCACUACUAGGUAUGGUAUGGCCGAGAAGGCCCAUGUCGAGACCAGGUUUACAAAUUUGCACAACCCGACCAUGCUGGUUGGAGAUGAUGAUCAUCCCCAAUUGGAUAGACAACGUAUAAGGCCAAAAGAGUUCGCGAGCGUGUUGGUUAGAGUGGCGGACAUGCAGAAGGUCUUACAGAGCCACUAUGUGAAGCCUUCGAACGUGAUUUGCAGUAUCGUCCCAAACCAUUCCAUCCUAUUUUAUGUCUACAUUAAGGACGAUACCCAGAAUACAACAUUGACAUAUUUCAUUCCAGAGAACAGCCUUUGAGUAAUUAAGUAGUUGCCUCAAUCCGAUAAUAAUAAAAGUCAUGUUAGGAGCC